GGAGGAGAGAAGAGGUGAGGAAAGGGAGGAAGAAGAGAGAGAGAGAGAGAGAGGAUGCAGAGCUUAACAUCAAACGAAGUUGCGGGUUUCGCAGUAGGGGCUCUGCUUCUCGGCGCCACCAUCGCUGCUCCAAAAGUUGAUGCUUUCAUUGCCGCUGCUCAGAGAAGGUCUCUUGGGAUGUGCACGAAGUGUGGAGAUGUAAAGAAUGUAGCCUGUGGUCGCUGCAAAGGGACAGGGACGAUCAAGUCAGGAGGUAUCUUUGGAUUCGGUGAGCCAGAGCCAUCAUCAAACGCCAGAUCAGCCACUUGCGAUAAUUGCAAAGGCAGAGGUUGUUUCCCUUGCCCUGAGUGCUCAAAGUCUUGACACCUUUUUUGGUUAUUCAAUAGAUUGCCUCAAGACUUCAAAAAAAAAAAACUACUUGUUUCUUUUUCGUGACCUUGUGAUAUAUAUGUAAUCAGUCCACUGGUAAUGUUGAUGUUGAAACAUGUCUUUAGUCUAAAUUCGUUUGAAAAGUAUGUUAUUCCAGUUUCUUUAUUA